CUGAUACACUGUCCAGCUCCAGCAUCCAGCUGUAGUAGCUGUACAAGCAGCUCAAGCUCAUCUAAUUCCCAGGUCAUAAUAAUAAUUAUCACCAUUCCGGAAACCUGUUCGACUGCCACCACCGCCGCCUUCGGAUAAUAAUAAUGAUGAUUGAUUGUCAAUAAAUAAUUUACACCAGUUGGCUGGUUUAGCUUCUGCUCUUGGAUUCCUUUCGUGUUUAUAUGGUUUUCCCGAGCCGGAAAAACGGAUUCACAUCUCAGGAGAUCAGUUAUAUGACAAAUUCGUAUACGACUAGUAUGCGCGGUAGCCAAUAAACAAUAAUGGCUUUUUUGUGUCCCGUGAGAAUACGCCGAGGCAAGAAGAAAAAAAGUGGUUCUACUAGUGACUUAGAUAAAGAAGUGUUACGAGGAACCAACACUAAUGGACCGGUUCCUGGCAUGGGGCGUAUUACUGGUAGUGCAUCGAUUGAAACACUAGUGCGUGUUGGAAUUGAGAAAGAAAAUGGAUUGUCGCCUGAUAGUAAAAUGGUUGUACUUCAUGAUUUCACACCGUGUGUUGAUGAUGAGCUGACUGUGAAACGAGGCCAGGUGGUCAACAUCCUAUAUCGAGAGAAUGACUGGGUAUAUGUAAUUGCAGAAGACAGUCGUCAAGAAGGUUUUAUACCUCAUUCAUAUUGUACUCCUUAUAAUUCACAACUUGGUGAAAUAGCUUUAAAUAAUGUCAAAAAGAAAUUACCACGUGCUCCAGCUGCCACACCAACUGAAACUGUUGUUGAAGUUGAAAUCAAUGAGCAACAAAAACAUGGCAAUUGUGGUGAUUUAUCUGAUUGUGAAAGUUUUGGCAAUAAAAAUCAAAACAAACAGAACAUUAGUAGCUCUAGGGCAUCUUUGUUAAGUGCCUCUUCACAUCCUGAGAUUCGACCUUUUUUUAAAGAUCCUGCAGGGCGUUACAUUGUGUUAUAUACUUUCAUAGCAAGAGAUGAGAAUGAUGUAAGUGUUGAGAGAGGAGAAUUUGUGACUGUAUUAAACAGAGAAGACCCUGAUUGGUAUUGGAUUAUUCGUAGUGAUGGACAGGAAGGUUUUGUUCCUAGUGGGUUUGUAUACCCAGCUGAUAUAAUACAAGGGCAUAUAAAUCAAAUGAAUAAUAAUCAGUGUGCUGGUACAACCAAUACUGGACUACCUCCAGUUACACGAGCACGACCUCGUAAAAACUCUUGUGUGGCUGAUGAUGAUCCAGCAAUUCAUGGUACUGAAAUGGUAAUGCUGUAUGAUUAUAAGCCUCAAGCCCCAGAUGAUCUGUCAGUGAAGCGUGGUGAAUGGAUAUAUGCAGAUCUUGACAAUCAAAUGGUUGAAGGAUGGUUGUGGACCUAUGCUCCCAAAACAAGAAAAUACGGUUUCAUACCUAAAGCAUAUGCUCAUCCACCUGCUAUGACUAGUUUGUGAAUAUAUUACGGCUGAUAUUGUUGGAUAUUUUAUAUAUAAAAAUACUAUUUUAAGUAUCAAAUAAGAACCCAAUAAUAUUAUGUAAGCUGAACAUAACUCCUUUAUUUCUGUUUACUAUUCUUCUAAUACCUUUGAUGAUCUUUCAAAACUAAUAACUGUGAUAUUUUGUAGGAUAAUGGGAUUGGUAAUGAUAAAAUAUUUAGACAAAUUAAUAUAGUUAUAAAAUAACAAUAGAAUACUUAAAUUUUUAUAAUUGUAAUAUGAAUCUGAUCUGUUUUAUUGAUGUGAAUUGUAUUUUUUUAAAUAAUGAAAAUAUUUAGAUCUAUAGAAACGUUAUAUUUACAUAUAAACCUAAAAUAAUUUAUAAUACAUUUAAUCUUAUUUUAUUUAAACUUAAAAUUUCCCUGCUGAAGGACUCUUGAAUAACAUGCAUUAAUUGUGACUUAUAAAUUAAGUUUGUGAUUAGAGGGAAUGAUUGAAAAGUAAUAUCCUCAAAACUUCACUUCUUUUUAUUUAAAAUUUAUAUAGUAUAAUGGUAAUUGAAGUUAAUGGAUGAAAUAUAUCAAUAAAAAGGUUAGAAAUAUGCUUCUGUAUUCUUUCCCAAUGGCAAUUUAAGAGAUUUUUUGAAGACAUAUCAUUUGAGUUAUCAAAAUUUUAAUCUAAAUACAUAAGAAAUUGAAAUUUAAAUGUCUUAAAAAACUUAAACAAAAGCUGUGUCUGUAUGUUUUUCAUUUUUCAUAGUCUAUGUAUUCGUUUCACAAAUUUUUAGAUGAAUUACAAUGUUUAACAAUGCUAUAAAGUGUUUACUUCUAUUUUAUUUUAACAUGUCAAUAUUUCUAUUAGAGUAAUUAUUAUUCAUAGAGAUGGUGCAUACUUAAUACAUUUUUUUUUUUUUAUAAGUGAUUCACUUUUAAUGAAAAAAAUCAUAAUUAUAAAUAAUAAUAAUAAUAUUUUAAUAACUAAGUUGUAUAUAAAAAAAAUAUUUAAUAAUUAUUAAUGUGAUAUUUUAUUGUUAAAUCAAAAUUAUGGAAAGCAAGUAUCAAAGCAAUAGAAGUGUAUAUUUUAUUUUUGUGCUACAAGAUCUUAUAUAACAUUAUCACUUGAUAUUUUUUCACUUUGUUAAAAAUCAUAAUUAUGUAUAUUUUUAGCUUGAGUAUGGGUUCUCUAAUGCAGCGGUUCUCAGCCUUGUUAAAUUUGUUUACCACUUACACAGUUUGAACAUUUGAAUGUAUUACCUGACCUUUUUUUUAUGCUAUAUGUAUAGAAUUUUAUAAGGGGAGAUUUUCUUCGCGUACCAUAGGUUGAAAAGCGCUGCUCCUAAUGAAUACAAUCGUUUUUGUAUGUAGUCAGUGUUGGAAACAAUUAUUGAAUUAUGCCAUUCAUUAGAAUUAAUAAUUAUAAGUUAUUUUAUGUUAAAUAUUAUUUAAAACAAGGUAUUAUAAUAUGUGUAAGCAAUUUUGCAUUACUUCAUUGCUUAAUUUGUAUCAAUUAUCUUGUUAAAAGUAUUUUUAAUUAUUUUUGAUGUAUAAAUUAACUAAUGUAUCUGUGAUGGUUUAUAGUCCACAACAGUCAAUUUUAUUAAAAAGAAAAAUGAUAAUAAUAACUAGUUAAAAAAUAGUGGUUAAUACAAAUCCGUCCAUUUUGAUGUUGUGCCAUACUGCCAUUGUACUUUAGUAGUUUAAUAAGACUGUAUUGCUCUAAAUCAUUUUUAUAUUUUAUUAUAUAUUAUUCCAUAUUAAAUGUUUACAAUAAAUAUUUUUGACAUUAA